AUGCGGCCCAGCAAUGUCGACUCGACGCUGCGUACCAUCUUCAAGCGGUGUGUGCAAUGCCCAGCGGUAUCGCCCACUUGCCCGGACYGCCGUAAGAAUGAGAUAUGCUCCCUGGUUCCGCAGGACUGCAAUGCGUGCGCCUACAUGACAUGCAUCGACAAUCCCAGCCCGGCGCCACCUUCGGCCAAGACGAACGUGGGUGCGAUUGCCGGCGGAGUGAUUGGAGGAGUGGCACUGGUCGGUCUUGCCGUAUUCAUGCUAUGGCGCUUUGGAAUCAAGAAGCGGCGGGAACAACAGGAGCUGGAGGCCGAGGAGUGGGAGGAGGACGACAUCGCGCAGCAGAAGCACGCCCAAGGCUUUAAUGCCAUGCGCUCGCGCUCCGACGCCGCAUCGACGCGUACAAAGGCAUCACUUGCUGGCAGCUUCCUCAGUCGCGCCAGCAACAUCAUUCAGAUUGCAUACAUACCGGGAGUCACGAAUCGCAACCGCUCAGGUCACAACAGUCUGCUCACCACGCCUGUUCCGCCAAUCCCGGCCAUGUACGCCAAUACCAAGUCCAAAUCGCCACUCAGCAAUCAAGGCGAUGCCUUGUUUUUCCGUCCAGGCGACCUCCGCGGCAGCACUUAUUCGGGUAACUCUUCCAUCGGCUCUGGCAACCGCGACACUCAAUAUUCUUCACGCUCCUCCAACAACAGAGACACGCAGUACUCGAUCACACCUUCUCUAGCUCGCUCGUCCAUGUUUUCUGAAGUCUACCGCGAUGAUGCCACCGCAGACCCUAUGCCAGCCUUGACCGUCAUGCGUGGGGCUCCACGUAUGGUCUCUGUCAAGUCUUCGGCAGCAAGCACGCCUCCUGCUUCAUCCGGCAGCUCCAACAAUGGCUCUGUGAACGCCGUGAUGAUAGGGCAGAGCACCACGAAUUCCGCUUCUCCAUCGUCCCUCCGUGCCAAAGCUACGCAGAUCAGCGUCGGCAGCAGCAAAGAGAAGGGCCGCUUAACAGUGAAGCAACUGGCCACUAACGCGCCAACUGUGCCAUCUCCACUAGUCGAUACGGUCACUGAAUCCGACGAAGAAGAAGACGAACACGCUCGCGCAAGAAAAAGUCUUGUAAAGCAACCGCCCCUUAAUGCACUGCCCCUGAUCCAGCCUCUAGAGAGCCCCUUCUUUGACGCCACUGAGAAGACCGCCGCCUCUUCAGCCGCUGCACAAGCGAGACCGAAUCCUUACGCGACCAUGGCGGCCAGUGUGCGGACCACUGGGCAGACGCCAAAGAGGGCGGCUGAUCGAGCCCUCGGUGGACUGAGCGCUGUGAUGGAGGAAGCAGCGGCAAAAAGGGCCAGCGAGGUGGAAAACGGAGAGGGCAGAGCGAGGGACGGAAGUCCUUUCAGCGACGCAUACGCUACUAAAUGA